UGGAAUCAUCAAAAUCAGAGAAUUUGAUCUCUCGCAAUUCAAAUGAAAAUGUGUCUCAAAAUCCUGAUACCCAUCUUCGCAUUUCACCUAAUUCUCACAAUCGUCGUGGCCUCAGAUCCCGACCCACUUCAAGAUUUCUGCAUUCCAAAUCCCAAAUCCACAAAAAAAGACGACCUUCCAUGUAAGAAUUCAACCGCCGUCACCGCCGACGACUUCGUCUUCUCCGGCGGAAAAUCUGCCGGACCCUUCUCGGAAAGUGGGUUCGCAACGGUAGCGGCAAACCCAUCUCUUUUCCCGGGAUUGAACACGCUGGGAAUGUCGUUCGUACGCGCGGAUUUCAAGGAGGGGGCCAUAAAUCCGCCGCACGUGCACCCACGCGCAGCGGAGAUGGUGUACGUGGUUCAGGGGAGGGUGUACGCCGGAUUUGUUGACUCGGCGAACCGGAUGUACGCGAAGGUGAUCGGAGAAGGGGAAGUGAUGGUGAUUCCGAGGGGGCUGGUGCACUUUCAGAUGAACGUGGGGAAGGGAACGGCGACGGUUUUUGGGUGUUUUAAUAGUCAAAAUCCGGGGACUCAGAGAAUGGCGUCGGCCAUAUUUGGGUCUGGGAUUAAAGAGGAGCUUUUGGAGAAGGCUUUUGGUUUGAGUUCCAAGGAGCUUAGGAGGAUGAGGAGACGGUUCGAAUCUUGAGAAUUCUCUGUUCUGUUCUGUUUUUUUUUUUUUUUUUUUUUUUUUUUUUUAAGUUCCUAAUCAAUGGAUAAAUUUGAGUUUUUUCUUUUAACCAUUAUUAAAUUGGUGUUUUGUAAUUUCCGAGAUUUCCAAGUCCUUAUGAGAAAAGUUUCAAGGUUUGUUCCCCUCUCCAAAGGUUGCUGGUCAUUAUGAAAAAUGUUUCAUUUCUCUCUUCGACCUACUUGAGAUCUCACAAUCCACUCU